ACGAAAUGGUCCCAGCGGAAGUCAGACAAACUGGUAUCAACUCGCAACUCCUGGGACGUCUCACCUUACCGCUGGCCAUGUCGACAAGGAAGCCGUCAGCGAAUUCAUGAAGGAGGUCGGCAAGCACCCUGAUCUGGAUGAAACUACCAUCGCCAAGCUAUUGGCAUUGGAAGUACAGCAGCAUGAGCAUCAUUCCCGGGGUUGGUAUCGUAUCAACGCUUCCCGUGCCAUGGCUGGUCGCCAGAAGGUCUCCCCUCAUGUAGAUCCACACACCUUGGAACUUUACCACAAGAUCAAGAACAAGGAGGUGCCGUCAUACAACCCUUCCUCUGACAAGUCAAACGGAGGAACCCGCUCUGUGGUAGAGUUUGCUGCAUGCUCCUGCGCUGUCUUUGAGAACGAGAAGAAAGUCAAUAUUCUUGUCAAGCGAUACGGUCUGCUCAGCACACAGCAUAUGGUCAAGUUUGAGACGUUUGACGGUACCGCUGAAGCCGGACAGGACUACAUCGCGAAGAAGGGUCAACUAAUCUUCGAACCUGGUGAAACCAGCAAGAGCAUUGAGAUCGAGAUCAUCGAUGACUACGAAUGGGAACCAGAUGAAACGUUCUUUGUCAAGCUCCACGUCGACACCAAGGGCACAGCUAUCCUAGGAUCCCAGAGCAUUGUCGAAGUCACUAUCAUCAACGAUGACGAGCCCGGAACUUUGGAGUUUACCAAGACCAGUUUCAUAGUGAAGGAGAGCAUCGGAUCGGCUGUACUACCGGUGAUCAGGAACCAAGGAAGCGAUGGCAAGAUUGAAGUCUCAUGGAGGACCAAGGAUCUUGAAGCAGUCAACGGCCAGGACUACUCCGGAGGCGAGGGGACUCUGACCUUCGAGCAUGGCGAGAGAGAGAAAUUCAUUGAAAUACCCAUCAUUGACGAUCAGGAGUAUGAGAAGGAUGAAAGCUUUGAAGUAGAACUCUUCGACCCCACUGCCGGGUCACAGCUUGGAAGGCUCAAGAAAACUGUUGUCACUAUCAUAAAUGAUGAUGACUACACCACCAUGUUGGAUCGUGUUGUUAAGAUCACUCAUGUCAACCUGGAUAGACUGAGAAUUGGCAAUGCUUCGUAUGCAGAUCAGUUCCGAGAUGCCAUGAACGUCAACGGUGGCGAUGUUGAAAGUGCCACCUUGUUUGAUUACAUCAUGCACUUCAUGACUUUUGGUUUUAAGGUUAUAUUUGCCUGUGUACCCCCACCCCACUUCCUCAACUCUCGUGGGUGGAUCACCUUUGUGGUGGCAUUGGCUUUUAUCGCUGUCCUGACUGCCAUCAUUGGUGACUUGGCGACCAUCUUUGGGUGUCUCAUCGGCCUCCUAGCCCCUGUCACUGCCAUCACAUUCGUAGCCCUUGGAACCAGUCUCCCCGAUACCUUUGCCAGCAAAACGGCAGCCGUCAAUGAGAAUACCGCAGAUAACUCCAUUGGUAACGUGACGGGUAGCAACUCCGUCAACGUGUUCCUGGGCUUGGGGCUUCCGUGGCUUGUAGCUGCCAUCUACUGGGCAGCCAAGGAUGAUACCUUUGCGGUUCCUGCCGGUGGUCUUGCAUUCAGCGUGGCCACCUACACCAUCUGUGCCAUCGUCUGCAUCAUCAUCCUCAUGAUAAGACGGUACGUUGGUUUCUUCGGCAAAGCAGAGCUUGGCGGUCCUCCCAUGGGUCGGUACGUCUCCGCCAGUAUCCUCAUCUUUCUAUGGUUCCUUUACAUCAUCCUCUCAUCUCUCUACGAGUACUCGAUCAUCAAGUUGUAGGUAGCCAAUGGACCUACUCGACUCGCGAAGUGCACCAUGUACACUGACCGAAUGAAUUUAUGAUCAAACCUGUAUACAAAAACUACCUAAAGGAUAUUUUAGGUGUCCUAAUGUAAUAAUGAUAAUAAUUUCGAGAUAGCUGACAUUGUAUAGCUUCCUUUUAUUAUAUUAUUAUUAUUAAGUUUGUGUGGUCUUUGUAUACAGGCUUCCCUGCACACCGUAAUUCCUAUGUUUCAUAGGAAAUUGAUGAUCAUGAGGUCUUUGUUGCACUAGUGGUUUUUCCACACAGGAUUGCCGUACAUUGUCCUCCUCAAAGCAUAAAGUGUCAACUCAUUCAGUGUCGAGUUCAUGUCUAUUUUGUUGAUUCUGAGUAGACAUCAUCAGCUUCCUGUAAAUAGGUCCUCAGUCUCUGUACCUAUCAGCAGUGGGGAUCAUCGAGUGGUGUUUCACCAAGAGUUAAAUCUGACUUAAAAUCAGUUGGGUGCGGUCUAUAGCGCAUCACUGCAUUGGUAAGAUCAUGCAUUAUUUGUUUUAUAUAUCAUGUGCGUGUUGCCAUAUAAGAAUGACUUAAGUCACUUUUAACUCUUUGUGAAACAGGCCCCUGUGAUAUUAAGCCAGUGAUGUUAUGCUCCAUUGAGUGUGGAAACGGAAGGAUUGCUAAUGAAGAGGGAUACUACUGAACACAAUUACAAUAAACUAAUAUAAAUUCAGUUUAUAUGACACUUUCAUGAAUCAGGGCUACAAUAGUAAAUUUUGACCUGGAAAAACAGAAAAAUGAUGUGUUGGUAACUGUCAGCUUAUACAAAUCAAUUAGGUAAUAUAUAAUCAGAAUUGUAUAUGAAAAUGCAUUCAGACACUGGGAUGCUAGUUAUCUCAAACAGUAUUUGGAAAAUGCCCGGUGUAAUAUUUCUUGAGAAUGAAAUCUACCAUGAAUACCAUUUUGCGAUAAGUGGAGCGGUUGUGUCUACGGUAUUGAUGAUGACUCAGCAGCAAUAACGUUCAGAUAGAGGGGUUUAAAAUCUACUGAUAUUUCAGGGGUGCGUUUCACAAAGUAUGACUUAGAGUUGCACUUAAAUGUUGAUGCGUAUGUGAUAUGCGAUGUGCAAACUUAUUGAUCAAUGUCCAUUUACAUGAUUUGACCAAUGCUAUGAUGCCUUUUAUACUGCAUGCAACAAGGCAUUUAAGUGUGACUCUAAGUCAUACUUAAUCUUUGUGAACCCCCCCCCCUAGGUUAUAUCGGAUUUGAAAAUUAAUUGUUCAGCGUCAGGAGAAUAGCGUACAGCUGCAUGCAAAAUAUUUCUACACAUCUGUUCACUACUUGCAUGAGUUGAGAAAUGUAACUCAUUUUUCCUGAAUGUCUGAGUGGUUGAAUAAUUUUGCAUUCUACUGUACAAGCCAUUUUUCUGAUGUUAUCUUUACUUUCCAUUCAUCAAGCAUAAUUCUGGAUGCGGGAUGGUGGAGAGAAACACAAUUUUAUUCAAAUAUGUACCAAAAUUUCUGCAACAAAAAUGUACAAAGAUGUAAGAAAUAUGUACAAUACUUAGUUAAUUAGCAAUAGAUGGUACAUGUAGCUUGUGGAGAGAAAACACUCAGUGAAAUUAUUAGCUAGUUAUUUUGUACAAGAUUCUUUUAUAAAUGACGUGAUUCUUUGAAAAUCACCUGUGUUUCUGUUUCUCUUCCAUUUUCUACUUGAACAUGAAUUUUCAUUUCAAAGGACCAUUGAAGACUGGUUUUUUUUCGAGAAUGUAGAAAAGGUCUUGUGGUAAUUUUUUUUCCUUCAUCCUGCAAAAUUUUUCAGUGUAAAUAAUUUGCAGGAUGGCAAUGAUGUAUAUUUCAAAAUGGGUUUGUGUUUAUUUAACAGUUGUAUUUAUUCAUGUAUUGAGGGAUAACUAAUGGAGUUCAUCAUUUUUUAUGAAAUAUUUACAGAAUGUGUAAUGGGUACCUGUAGUUAAACAAUUUGCAAACAAAUACUUCAGAAUAAUAUGAAUGAGUCAACUCUUUUUAAAAUGAUAUGUUUCUGUUUUGAAGUAUCAUUAUGACCUCCAAAGCAUAAUGAUUAUGCUUAAUCUCAUUGUUAUAUUUUGGAAUUCAGUUAUAAUACAUAAUGGUUUUAAGAACUUGAAGCUUUUGCCAAAAUGUAUAUAAAUUAUGUGCUGAUUUUUAAUGCUAUAAUGUUCACUAUAUUUCAAUCCACAUCAAUUAGGAUUUCUUAGUAUUCAUACAUAUAAAUUAUUGAUGCAUAAAUUCUUCACAACUAUUUGAACAAGCUGCCAGUUAAAAGGUACAUAGGUGAAUUAUUUAUUUGAUGUUUGGACUAAAGAUUCUGAUUUUUUUUAUAUAAAUGUGAAUUCAAUUGAUAAUUACCUAUCCAAGAAAGCUAUUUGAAAAGUAUACAUGAAUGUAUACAAUAUCUUGAGAUAAAAAAAAAAUAUGGACGUGAAUAUUUAGAUAAUGUCAUUUCAUGCCUAAUGAGAAAUAUGAUUUAUUGUUUAAUAGUUUAGUAAAAGGAACUUACCAGACCAGUUCUCAGUGACUGAAAUAAUUUUCAGGAGGUAUUUCGGUAUCUUCCUUUUUGUAUUUUUUUUUUCUCCAGUCUUUCAAACAUUAUUGGGAUCUACUUGCCUUCAUUUCUCUGAAUUAUUUUCAAUCCUAUCUAUCAUUCUGUGUAUGUCAUAUGUAUGUUUGAGAUCAUAAGAGGAAUUUAGACAUCUAUACACACACACGCACACCCUCACACACACACACACACACACACACAUAUUGAAAAUUGCAAGAAGAAAUGACAUUUCACUUGAAGCUGUUGUGUCAUAUCUGUUUGUGAAUAUGAGGGAGAAGUUGCUGUUUAUAUAAUCUGAUAUAACAGUGUCAGCUUUAAGCAAGAACUGUAUUCCUAAUACAGUGCAUAUCAAAGUAAAGGUAUCCAAAUUUAAAUGGCUGAUAUGAAAAAAAAGAGAUAAUUGAAUGUUACAAUUUACAUUUAUUGGAGUAUAAAAGUUCAACUCCUUAUUUAAUUUUGAUACCUUAAGUGUACAACUGACACUAUGCAUGGCUUUAUAAUUGAUUUAGCUAAAAAAGGUACAUUUUCUAUUUUUCCCCCAAGUUUUGGUCAAAUGAAUUUGAAACUGAUUGGUCAGUGACGAAUUUCAACCUUUUCAGCCUUGCAUUCACUAACAUAACCAACGAAGGAGCUAUUCAAACUUACCAUGUCCACUGACAAAGAAAUUACUCAGGUGAGGCAUCAGUGAAAAUGUAAUCUUAGCCCUUCUUGCCAAAAGUUGAAAAAAUGGAAUUUGUACCUGACAUUGUUGAGUCCUGAGUCGUCAGUGGUUUAAGAGAUGCAAGUAGUGUAUUAAUAGAUAGCUGAGGAGUUGAUUCUUCACGUUUUGAUUAAAUUUAAAAUACUGGUAUAUCAGCCCUAAAAAAACUGGAUAACCUUUUUUGAUACGCACUGUAUAUGAUAAUAUAUGUGGCAUUAGUUUGUCAUAUUUCUAAUUUCGUAAAAAGACAGAAUCAGGGUUUACUAUUAUUUAGAAAACGAAAUAUGCAGGUUUAGAUAUGUGGCAAUAUUUUCAUAUUUUGGUUUAAACAGAUCUUUCCUUUUAGAAUUGUGAGAUGAAAGAAAUUUGGUAAGACUUCUUCAUUUCACUUAAGUAAUGGAGUAUCAGAUAGAGAAAUUGGCUUUAGAAAAUGUGAUCAAUAUGAUUGAUAAAAAGGGAUACUGAACUUAUUCAGGGAGAAAAUGGGUUGAGAAGUAUGUGAGUUCAGUAAAUUGUGAUUGGUAAUUUUACAAGGGGUAAAACCCUUCUUCUGGCUUGUAAGUUUUAUUCUGAAAUUUAACAACAAAUUAAAAUGCUGUCACAGAGAUCAUUCACUAGUUGAAAACCAAACAAAAUGAUAUGUAGAGGAAGCUUUGUCUUGCUUUUAACCUGUGCAUAUACGCAAGAUGAACUGUAGUUGUGUAGAUUAUGGACAUUUAUAUUGAACAAAUUAGCAAUAUUUAUGGAGAAAAAUAAUUUUAUGUUUUUCUUGAAACUGAAGUUUUAUUUUUGCUUUCAUUUUGUCAUAGUUCUAAUAUAGUUAACUUUUAUAUCACUAUGUUUUAUAUGUCUUUUUGUGUAGUCAAAUAUGUAUAACAAUUAUGAUGAUUUAUUAAUGAAUUUGUAGAUGAGGGGUAUAUGUUUUUUAACCUCUAUAAACAGGGGAGUAUGCAUUUUUUGGUCUAUGUUUAGAAAUAUAGAAUGGAGGAUCUGUACAGACUAUUAAA